AUCAUAUUGUACAACGUCUCACAUGCAGCCUAAUUUUACUGAUAUUGGCCACUUACAGGUACACACUUCCUGUAGUAAGUUCAUGACACCGGCCUCAGAGAGCCUAGAGAGGGGAGACGGCGACUUGCAAGAUUCGGACCACACUCAAAAAAUGCAAAAUAAUCGCUUCAAGUUAGCAAUUUGUGCUGGAGGUAUUUUCGUGUGUUACUUUUACUACGGAAUUAUUCAGGAAUCAGUAACAAAGGGGAAAUAUGGAGAGGGAGAAAACCAGGAGAAGUUCACCUUUACUCUGUCUUUGGUGUUUAUGCAGUGCAUUAUCAAUGCUUUGUUUGCACAGAUUGCAAUAUCUGUGACAUCUCCGGGUCUUGAUAAAACUCCCAGCAGCCUGUACGCCAUAUGCUCCCUGUCCUACCUUGGCGCUAUGCUGGCCAGCAACCAUUCACUCCAACACAUUCCAUAUCCCACCCAGGUUCUGGGCAAGUCAGUGAAACCUAUUCCUGUGAUGAUUUUGGGUGUUCUGGUUGCUAGGAAACGAUACCCUUUGUUGAAGUACCUGUUUGUGUUGAUGAUAGUGACUGGGGUGGCCUUGUUCAUGUACAAGGACAAGAAGCCAAAAAGCGGCCAGGAGGAACAUAGCUUAGGAAUGGGAGAGAUCCUACUGCUGGUCUCCCUGACCUUGGACGGCCUCACUGGAGGAACGCAGGACAAAAUGAGAUCAGAAUACAGCUGUAAAUCCCACGCCAUGAUGUUCAAUGUCAACAUAUGGUCUGUGCUCUGGCUCACUCUAGGUUGGCUUCUGACUGGAGAGGCAACAACAUUUAUUGGUUUUGCCCAGAGACACCCCUCUGUCCUCAUGAAAAUGUUCACCUUUUCUGUAGCCAGUGCAUUGGGCCAGAACUUCAUCUUUAUCACGGUGACAUCAUUUGGACCUCUGACCUGUUCUAUUAUCACGACAACGCGAAAGUUCUUCACCAUUCUAGGCUCCGUACUUAUUUUCGGUAACCCUAUGGUAGGACGGCAAUGGAUAGGAACUGUCUUGGUUUUCAUUGGUCUCUUUUUGGACUCUAAGUAUGGCAAAGAGAAGAAAGUUGCCAAAUCUUGAUGAUAGGUUGUACCUUAGUUGUUCUUCGUCUUGGGGCUUUAAAGGAAAUCAGAUAAAGCUUUUUUUUUAAUACACAGUCUUUCUGUUGUUAUUUAAGCACCAGUAUGAGGGCUGUGACAGUAAUUUAUCUUUUAGGUCACUAAUCACGUUCAUUUUUACUCUGUACACCAAAGCGUUAAAAUUUCAGGAUUUUCCAUUUUUCUUGAAAUUUAUUCUUUUCUCAAAAUUCACAUUUUUUAUUCAGUAUUACUUAAGCAUUCAUUUUUUUAUUUCAAAUCUGUCAGUUUCUUUAAGCGAAAGGUAAUUUUAAACUGUGUAUUUAAACUCUGUUGCUCAGAGUUACCAGUGCCAAAAAACUUGGGACCUUCUUAAUGUCUGGUACAUCAAGUUCUGGUAAUCUACUGCCUGAGAGCAGAAAUGGUGUCCAGUAACUGAACCAUUACACCCAAUUUCUCUGAGUUGGCUAGAGUUUUACAGGCAUUUGGUGCAGAGUCAGUGCUUGCUUUGCGGACUGGAUCAAAUAAUUGUGUCAACAGAUUUUCAAAGCUUACUUUUUAACUGAUAAUACCCUUUGAUAUUUCAAUAGUUUGGUUGACCUAGUAACUCUCUGCUGAUGCUACACUUCAAAUGUAAAAAUAAUCCGUUAUGAACUCAGUACCAUGGUGUACAAACUGAGCUGGUGGUACCCACCCAGAGAAUGGUUCUAAGCUCUCCGAACUGCUGGAUAAAUUAACCAUUAAGUUUUGUUAUUAAAUAUGCUUUUUUCAAAAGAGUCCAGAAUUUGACGCCAAUUGAAAAGGUCUCGGAGAGAUAUUUUUAUGUGCAUGCUGGGAAAAAUUCAGAUAUUUAGAAGUGGAUUUUGUAGAUCCUAUUUGGCUAGUCCUUUAUAUUUGUUACAAUAGGCUUGUGUCCAUCUUUGUUAAACUUCAUUUCUUUCUUUUUUUCCUUACAGAGAACUAUUGGCAAUACAAAUCAUUUAACUAAACAUUCCAAAUAGGUUAAGAUUAUUGGGAUAAAAAUUUGGAAGAUUUUAGUUUUGGUGCUCUUUGUAUAGUUGUCCAUUGACAUUAUUAUUUAAGGAUGAAUAAAACAUGACAAAAAAUUUGUCUUUUAUUAUUUCUUUUAAGGGGUACAUCACAAAGUAGUUUUACAAAAUAUAAAUUGUGUCUUGUCCAACCACCUGUUUUUCGUUUUUCAGGAGAAUAAACUGGCCAUCAAACUGAGAUUAAAUCAAAAACAUUUCUGGAAGACUGCACUCUUUUUAUUUCAACAUUAAUAUCUGGCCUAAUACUUGUAAUAUGACGUCCUGUGUAAUAUAACUUCUAGUUACACAAUCUACUAAAAGCAAACUUAAAUGCAUUAUCCUAACACCACCUGAAAAUGACUACACUUUUCAUUCAAUUUUUAGAUCAAUCUAAGAGCAAUGAUAAGCAAAUAUAUGCCCCUUAUGAGCAGUAAAAAGGAUUU